AUGUGGUCUGGCAAGAUUGGCGAGGCAUCACCGCCAAAGGACGAUGAGCCAGCGACCGAUGGUGGUAUUGCUGGUGGAACCGCCCCAGGAGGCAAUCGGUUACUGGACCGCUAUGCGGACUGUCUCCAUUUUGACGAGCGUGAUCCUGGCCAGGAUAGGCGCCCAUAUCUAGACGAGCUCAUCGCGAGAGCGAGGGCCGACCCACUAACAGUACUGGCUGCAACUGAUGGCUCUGUCCCUCAGUCCAACCAGUAUCAGGCAGCUUCGGCUGCCAUCAUCUACAAGGGACAUCGUGAGCUCGAGAGGACUCGCUAUGUCUCUGGCAGAGUUACCACCCCAGAUGCGGAACUCAAUGCCAUCUCGUGUGCAGUGCGCCUUGCUGUCAAGCAGGCAAAUUGCCAACAUAUUAUGGUCUUUACUGACUCUAUGGGCUCGGCCCAUAGAGCGGUCGACCCCGGUGUGCACUCUGGUCAGGCUUUUAGCUUGUCAGUUUGUCGCGUUCUCCAAGAGUGGUUUGAGACGGAUGAUCUCCGCUGCGUUACCUUUGUCUACGUCCCAUCUGCUUUGCGGUGGGACAUCCAUGACACGCUACGCUCUCGAGCUGCGCACUCAGUCCUGGAUUCGUGGAGUUCCACUUUCCAGGAUCCAACCUACCGAGGCUCUGAAUUUUUAGAGCUUCAACAGCCGGACGGGCGGCCGCUACAGCCAUCGUACCUCAAUGGGGGACCUUGGCUUUCAACCUUUGGACACAGUAUCACUGAGUUCGCUCGCGUCUGCCAGUGCAUAACUGGCCACGCGCCCAUUGGAGCGUACUACCGACGCUUCAAGAUCAAUGAGCCUCAUGGCUGCACUUGCGGGGCUGCUCUGCAGUCUCGCCAGCAUAUUCUCUUUCGCUGUCGCGAUCGCUACUCUGUGCAUUACCCCCGAUUUCUUGGGGACAUUGCAGCUUUUAUGAAGUACAACCCUACGGCGUUUGGCUUCAACCGGGACCCUUCGGGGGUCGGAUAA